AUGGUGCUAACCCGACCAGGAAAGUAUGCCUCGGCUGCAUACGUGUCGGCUCUCACGCGUGGUGAGAAGAACCUCGCGAAGCUGGAGUCGGACCUGAAGUACUUCAACGACGUGCUCAAGUCGGACUCGCAGGACGCUACAAAGCUGCGCACCUUCCUGACCAACCCUACGGUGACUGCAGAGGCGAGGAGCAAGACCAUCUCGGACCUGCUCGCCUCUCAGAAGGGCGGUGCGGAUGAGCUCACCCGCAACCUGUUUGAUGCUCUUUCGGAAAAUGGCCGUCUCGGUCUUUCGGAGAAGGUCAUUGAGGACUUUUUGCAGCUCACCAGCGCCCACCGUGGCGAAGUUAUCAUUACUAUCACGAGUGCAAAGCCCCUCGACAAGUCGAUUACUUCGCGUCUCGAGUCGUCUCUCAAGGGCUCGCAGUUUGCGACCACGGCCGGUGCUAAGAGCGUGAAGUUCGACUACAAGGUGAACGAGGCGCUCCAGGGCGGUUUCUCGAUCGACCUUGGUGACCGUUCAGUGGAUCUGAGCGUGGCCAACCGUGUGAACAAGCUUAACGCUCUACUGCGUGGUAUGUUUAUUACCUGCUUGCUAACCUAA